CUACUCACACGCCUUCUCCGAAAAGCACUUCCGGUUCUAGCCGGAGGUCAGUUCCUCUGCCCUACACAGAGGAAUUCUAAUCUUAGUGUAACAUUAAAGCAUUUAUGGCUGCCUAGGCAAAGGAGGCACAUUCCAGCCUUUGAAGACGGCUUGUAAAUGAGUCUGUGCUUUUCACACACUUUCUGGGAAUCGGCAACUUGAUUGACUCAAGGUAGCAUGUGACAAAUACGUACCGCAACAAUAAAAAGCGUCAUAUCUCCAUCUAAGGAGUCUGAGCUGUUUGGCUCCUUGGUAAUGGCGGAAGUCAGCCGGAGGUUGCUUGGUAUUUGUGGCCGACAACAUUUACCAGAAGCAUCAUUCGGCAGAUGCAGCGGGGCCUCUGCCUUUUGCCUUAGCCCCUUGGUCUCUUAUAGUACAUCAAGCAAUGCAAACGACCUUAAAUUUAAGGUUGUUCCAUGUAGCGAUGGACCAACAAUCUUUCCCUGCAGUAGACACAGAGAAUGGAGAAUUUUGGCUGCAGACCAGUUCAGAGGCAGAUGCCUAUUUGCUUGGGGGCCAGUGGAGCGUCCAGUAGGUACUGUGGUUUGUCCUCGUUUCAUUACCUAUGGAACAAGCAGUAGGGCCUCAUAUAGAAACAAUGGAAGUCGUCACAAUGGCAAUAAUAAUCAUUCUCAGAAUGGCUCUCUGCUAUACAAGAGUCGCACAGCAUAUUAUGACAUCCUUGGCGUGACUGGAAAUGCCACCCAAACUCAGAUUAAGACUGCAUAUUAUAAGCAGUCCUUUCGCUACCACCCAGACCGUAAUGCUGGAAGUGACGAGGCGACAAGUCGUUUUGGGGAGAUCAGUGAAGCAUACAGUGUUUUGGGGAGUGUAAGCCUAAGAAAGAAGUAUGACCGUGGCAUCUUGAGCUGGGAGGAUGUUCGCAACGCUGGGAAGCCAAGUGGGAAAGCCAGCAGUCCCAGCAGGAAAGCAACUUCACCCCAAAGGGAGCGAUCAAGUAGUGCCUCUUCAAACUCCCCAUCUAAACCAAUGUUUAAUUUUGAUGAAUUCUACCAGGCUCAUUAUGGAGAACAGCUACAAAGGGAACAAUUCUGGCGGCAAAGACGAGACCUCAUACAAAAGCUAAAGAAUCAGCCAAGUCGGAGAUGGCCAUUUCACAAGCUUAGUGAGAUUUCAGCUAUCUUGCUUUUGCUCUCAGCUGUGGUUCUUAUGGCAUCAUUAAAAUGAGAGAAAAAUCCUCUAAUACAUACACAAAGCUUGUACCAAAUUGGAAGAAACCAUCCUUACUGGAUCCUUACUCUUCACCUUUUUAGUCUAUGAUUUUUUUCUCCUACUACUUCAUAAGUACAUAACAGUAAAAGCCUGCCUGUCUGCAACAUGGUAUUCUCUAGUACACCAGAAAGGCAGAUUCCUGUCUUGAUACCUGACAAAGGUCUCUGUAACAUUGUUUGUGGUGCUGUUUCAUGCACAGCUCGUACAUAUCUGAGACUGGGUACAUAGGUUAAAGUCACUCAUGGCACAAAGUCUAGGGUUCUGAAGUAUUCUUAAUAUAUAUAUCAUACAUUAUGUGACACUCUCUGUGUGAAUGAUUAUUGCAAUCCUACAACUGCAAGACUGAUUGGAUAUAUUAGGCAAAAAUCCUUUGGUUACCUCAACAAGAGCAGAUCUUUGCAUAUAUGGACAGCUGUACCCUGUGCUUACAUGCAACAAUUCCGGUGGGCAGGUAUUUUAGACACUUUGUGGCUUACAGGAGAGAUUUUUGGACACUUUGUGGCUUACAGGAGAGAUUUUUGGACACUUUGUGGCUUGCAGGAGAGAUUUUUCACAAGCAACAAAGCGUCCCAAUUAAUACUUAAAUGGAGAAGGUUCACUCCUGACCCUUUACCUUUUUAAAUGAUGAAACCUAUACAUUGUACACCAAGAAAUAUUUUAUUUAUCAGUUGCAGGAGAGAUGGCUGUGAUCUUUUUAUGCAAGAUGAAAAUUCCUUGCCAAAUUGGUGCUGAGAAUUGCACACAUACAUAUUUUUACGUGAUUAUGAGAAUUUAGUGUUUUGCCUGCCUUGUUUCUCAGCUCCCCCUAAAGCAAGAAACCAUCACUGUGGCAAAACACAGGAGACAAGUGUGUCAUUGCCUUGUUUUUACUUUUUGGUGUUACUAGCUCUUUAUAGUAGGGAUGCACCUAUUCCAGUAGGAUUCGGGCAAAUCUACACUCCUGGCCAAACCGAAUUCGAAGCCUUAAAAUCACGUAACUUUUCAUCACAUAAACACGGAAGCUGCGCUUGUGGUGCUCUUUAACCCUUUUGUAUCCUAAUUUACAUAUGUAAAUUUGGAUUUGGCUCGCUAUUUGGCCAAAUCCUUUAAGAAGGAUUCGGGGUGCAGCCGAAUCUGAAAAUAGUGGAUUUGGUGCAUCCUUACGUUAUAGGGAUACCUACAUAUUAAAAUAAUUGUUAUCCCCAGGUUUACAUUUUCUAGGUAGGACUAUAUGGGGCACAUU